UACACUCUUGAAUUCUCACCAGCGGUGUUUUGGUAGUACAGUGAGGGAUUUCUCAAUAGUUAGGAAGAGUGUUCAAACUAACUGAUUUAUCUUUGCCAAUAAUAAGGUUUGUUGUGUUUUUUUAUGUGGAAUUGACACGCCUAAUCGCAAAUGUUGCUGGCGGAAGCGAAAAAGCUGAAAGUGGCCGAAUUGCGUGCCAUGUUAACCGAGCGAGGUCUCGACCCAAAAGGCCUUAAGGCCGAGCUGGUAGUCCGGCUCAUUUCUGCGAUUGAAGCCGGUGUUCAGCCCAUUAAAAGUGGAAAUGAAGGAGAAGAUGUAUGUGAGACGAUGGGUGAAACGCCUGCAGAGGAGCAACAAAAAGAGAAGCGCGUUAAAGCGCAGUCUCCAGUAUGCACUAUUCCCUCCAGCAAGAGUAUGCAUACUUACACUGACCAGAGUACACAAACCGAGCCGUAUCAACUGUGUUCAUGCGCUGUCACGAGUAACACACCGCAGCAGCAGACCUAUAGGAACUCGGAGGACAUUAUAAAAGAUCUACAUCACCAAACAAAGGGUGUACAACAGCAGUCAGCCGCUCCCGUGGAUCCUGUCGCCUUGGCAACCGCUGCUGCAGUGGACCAGGAUGCUGUGUCAGAAUGCUCAUCAAUAGUCUUUGCAAAUCCAGUGUCAGAUGGACCACGUGAGCAAGAUCACUUGCUCAAUAUACAGACAGAUGAACCUGAGACUGUUGAUACCACCCUGGAGGAUAGAGAAGGAAUGAAGAGGCUUAAUGGGGAGAGAGGCAGAGAUUUUUAUGAGUUUAAAGAGGAAGUUCAUUACAACAGAGCUAAGACACCAGAGCCUCUGCUGGACACUGGAGAUGAAUCUGAAAUAGACUUUGAGGAUAUUCGACUGGAUUCCUAUAACUGUGACCUGCAUUUCGAGGUGAGUUCUGAUGGAAGCAGUGGACAGCCUUUGCUUUGGGAGAAAUUCCCUCUGCUUUGGUCCGGGUGUAGGAUGACCCAUGGAUUUUGUCAAGGAAAGGUCGGAUUCGAAGCCAAGUUUGUGAAGUGUCUGUCGGCACCUGCGUUAAACACGAGUUAUGUCCCCGACCUGCACGUGCUCAGAGUGGGUUGGUCUGUGGACAACACAAGCUUUCAGUUAGGAGAAGUAGAGCUUUCGUAUGGUUUUGAUGGGCGUGGCAAGAUAGUAACAAAGGGGCAGGAGGAGGAGUUUGGUGAACCCUUCUCAGAAGGAGACAUCAUUGGGUGUUUCGCUGCCAUCAGUGAACGAGGAGAAGCGUCACUUUCAUUUCACAAAAACGGACGUUCUCUUGGAGUGCCGUUUCAGGUGACCGCGUCCGCUCUAAAAGGUCAAGCUCUCUAUCCUCAUGUACUUUGCAAAAACUGCUCAGUUUUGGUAAAUCUUGACCCAGAUAGUACCUGGCAUCCAUUUCCUGUGGGAUUCUGCACGCUGACCUCACUUCCUCCUGGUCAGAGGACUCGCGCUCUUUUACCGCCAACGUCAAGAAGUGACUGUGAGGUGUUGAUGAUGGUUGGUAUGCCAGGUUCUGGAAAGACACACUGGGCUCAGUCUCAUAUGGCUCAGAACCAACGGAAACGUUAUAAUCUUCUAAGUACAAACUCUGUAUUGGACUGCAUGAGGAUGCAACCUGAAGGCAGUCAUAGAGACCUGAUGUUACAGCAAGCCACUCAAUGUGUCAGUCAUCUAAUCAGAAUAGCUGCAAACAAACGGAGGAACUACAUCAUUGACCAGGUCAACAUCUAUCCAUCUGCCCAGCGACACAAAAUGAUGUGUUUCCAUGGUUACCAGCGAAAAGCGGUGGUGGUUUGCCCAGAAGAUGCGAUGUGGAAGAGACGCCUCGUACAGCACCGGAAGGAGGAAGGCAUGGAAAUUCCAGAAAUAUCCCUUCUGAAAGCUAAAGCGAGCUUCACGCUGCCACAGCAGGAUGAUGAGUAUUUGGAUGAAGUGAUGUUUGUGGAGCUCUGCAUGGACGAGGCUUCGAAGCUCCUGACACUGUAUAAAGAAGAAGCACGAAAACUUCUACCCGCACCUCCGAAACGCAAAAAACACAGACAUGGAAAUCAGAAGCGCCUCGUACAUCAUUGUGGACGGAGAGGAGGUCCAUAUAGCUGUCAAUCACAUAACCAUUGCUUACUCGAGAAAAAUGUUUGGCAUCAGCCUUCCUCUGGUCAGUCUUACGGGUGCAGCAGUGACCCACAGAGAUACAGGAAGUAUUACAGACCCUACACAGGACAGUGGUGUGACCAAACCCAGGAUUAUUACAGUAGCUUGAAUUAUGGUUGUUCAACUUAAGUUGUUUAUUUUUUAUAAACUUUUGUAUAGCAGGAUGAUA